CGCCCAUUUCCUCUGGGGGGGAAAAAGUGCUGAGCUAUUUUUUUUAUAGCUAACAUCUUAGUAUUUUUAGCUGUUAGCAGUUGUUGCUAACGAACUUUUCAAGGUCUUUCUUUCGCCAAAGUUCAUUCACGAAUUGCACGAAGUCCACGCUGGGAACAAGAGCACUGCCGCGGCGUUUGAAAAGAUGUCACUAGGAGGUUCUUCUGUGACGCUUGUACAGCUGCCAGGAGGUCAGUUUCAGGUUCAAGGAGUGAUCCAGUCUGCGCAGUCAUCAGUCAUUCAGUCCCCUCAGGCACAGUCUGCACAGACCCAGGGUUCAGAUAGUGACGACUCACAAGACUCAUCAGACAGUGGAGCAACAACCCAACAGACCAGAGAAAUAUUGGCCAGGCGGCCCUCAUACAGAAAAAUCCUAAAUGAGCUCUCAUCUGAGGAACUGGCACACAUUGAGGGAAAGGAUAACAACCCAGCAGUGACAGGCAUUACAGUACCCACCCAAAUCUACCAGACCAGCACCGGCCAGUAUAUUACUAUUGCUGCAAAUGGCACAAUCCAGCUGGCAAAUCCAGGAACUGAAGGCAUUCAGGGACUACAGGCUGUUGCCAACUCUGCUGCAGCCCAGCAAAGCACCACCAUCCUUCAAUAUGCCCAGACACCUGAUGGUCAACAGAUACUGGUGCCUAGCAACCAGGUUGUUGUACAAGGUGCAGGAGGAGAGAUGCAGGCAUAUCAGAUACGCACUGCAACCACGUCCAGCUCCCUGCCUCAGACUGUAGUUAUGACUGCUCCUAUGGGACUUUCUCAGGAGAAGACCAAUGACCCAACCAUAAAGAGAGAAAUCAGACUUGCAAAAAACAGAGAGGCAGCCCGUGAAUGUCGACGGAAGAAAAAGGAAUACGUUAAAUGUCUGGAAAACCGCGUAGCUGUUCUUGAGAACCAAAACAAGACCCUGAUAGAAGAGCUCAAAACAUUGAAGGACCUUUAUUGUGUUAAAACAGGAUAACCUGUUUGACUGCAGGUCAAGGAUUAAGACAUAACAUGGCAGCGGCACAGCUCAGCCAUUUGGACUUGUUGGGGUUUCUGGGAACACUUCAUUUCAGGCUGAGAUCCUUUUGUUUUUGUUUUUGUUUGUUUUUUUUAUACAAAACUUGAGACCACGGUGAGAUUUACUCAGCAACAAAACGAGAAAUUGGCCAUUUUUUUCUCCACCUGCUGUUUUUUAAAAAUAAAUAGCUAAUUCUUGAUGAUGUAUAGUUGUGUACAUUUUUAAUACUGGCAGGUUUGAAAUUGUGAGCUUUAAUUAUGAGUUUCAGUUUCCAAAUGUAUCCCUGUACUCUUGUGUUUUAAAAACAAUAUUGCCGUUGCAUUUUUAUUACUCCUUACAGUGUCUGCCAAAUUCUGACUGUAUAAUUACCACACAGACAGAAUUUUUGUAUAUUAUGAACCAGCAAUUCUCCAUUACAAUUGUCAUUCCUUAUUUUUGUGCAAUGGAAUAUCAUUACAAUAACAUACUUUGAGUGUGGUUUAUUGGGUUGUUUCUUUGCAGUUACUGCGACAAUCAGGGAAAAGGCACAGUGUCCAGGUAAUAUUAUUUAUGUGCAUCUUGGGAGGGGUGGGACAGAAGAACAAACCAUCUAUGAAAUGUUGCUGAUUCUGAAAGGAAAUAAAUAUAUUUUCACUCAAAAUUUAAA